AGAGUGAAAUGACGUACAGCAGCUUCCGGUUUCACAAUUUUUAACACAUUGUUUGUUGCUCCAUUAGUACGCAAUACCGUGAUUAAACAUAUAGAUUCUAGAGCUAGAUCUAGAAUACGUUUAAAUUCUUGUUAUUGAUAAACAGAGAAGAUGCCUAAGAAAGGCAAGGCCAAAGAUGAUGAUGUUGACUUGGCACCUGUAGCCAAUGAUCAGAAAGAUUCAGAAAGUUUAAAGAAAGGGAAAAAAAAGAAUAAAAAGAAAGGUGAUGAGGAUGAUUUUGAUGACACUGUUAAACCAACUGUGAAUGAUGAAAAAGAUUCAGAUACAAAAAAGAAGUCAAAGAAAAAGAAUAAAGAAAAAUCCAAAGGGGAUGAUGAUGACGAUGAUGAUGCAGUGAGUCAGAUAAGCAAAGCUUCUGAAAACAGUGUGAAGAGCUCAGAAACUGGAAAGAAGGCAAAUAAAAAGAAAAAUAAACCAGAAAAAGAAGAGUGGAAGGAUGAUGAUGAUGAUGAUGUUGCAAAUGAUAUUGGCAAAUUGGCAAUAAAAGAUGAUGAUGAUGAUGAUUUUGAAACUGGGAAAAAAUCCAAGAAAAAGGACAAGAAGAAAAAAAGCAAGAUGGAUAAGUUGAAGGAAGAUUUGGUUGCAGGGGAAAAAGAAAAGUUGGCAGCAGAGGAACAACAGAAGAAACAAAAAGCUGAAGUAAAAGUGGCAGCCAACAAAUUUCAAGCUUUGCAAGAUGAUGAUGAUGUAAUGGAUGACGAGGAGGAGGAGGAAGAAAACAGAGAUGCUUUGGUAGAGCCAGAAGAGAGUGCUAAAUCUACAGAAGAAGAUGACAAAGACAAGCCAAAACUGUCCAGGAAAGAUCUCAAAAAGCUAAAAAAGAAGAUGGAACAUGCUAAAGCAUUAGAAGAAAUUGAAGAAGAUGGUCAGUUUUCUGUUUCCCAAGCUGAGAAGUCUAAAAAAGAUGCUGUAAUGGACAACCAGUUGGACAUCAAGGUGGAAAGGUUUAGUAUUUCUGCUCGAGGAAAAGAAUUGUUUGUAAAUGCUGAUUUGUUUAUUACACAUGGACGUAGAUAUGGUCUGGUUGGACCCAAUGGCCAUGGCAAAACAACCUUGUUGAAGCAUAUGGCUAGCCGAGCUUUAAAUAUUCCUGCCAACAUUGAUGUUCUGUACUGUGAGCAAGAAGUUUCUGCUGAUGAUACUAAAGCUAUUGAUGCUGUCCUUAAAGCAGACAAAAAGAGAACAGCACUACUACAGGAGGAGAAAGAGUUGAUGUCUAAAAUAACAGAAGGGGGGCGAGAGAUUACUGAUCGAUUGAAAGAUGUUUAUGAAGAAUUGAGAGCAAUCAAUGCUGAUGCUGCUGAACCAAAGGCAAGAAGAAUCUUGGCUGGUCUGGGUUUUACUAAAGAGAUGAUGAACAGAGCCACUAAAGACUUGUCUGGUGGUUGGAGAAUGAGAGUCUCUCUGGCCAGAGCUUUGUUCAUGGAGCCCACAUUACUUAUGCUUGAUGAGCCUACCAACCAUCUCGAUCUCAAUGCUGUUAUUUGGUUAGAUAAUUAUCUCCAGCAGUGGAAGAAGACAUUAUUAGUUGUGUCUCACGAUCAAAGCUUUUUAGACAAUGUCUGCACAGAUAUUAUUCACCUUGACCAGCAGAAGCUUUUCUACUACAGGGGAAACUAUGCUACUUUCAAAAAGAUGUUUGUACAGAAAAGAAAAGAACAGUUGCGUGACUUUGAAAAGCAAGAGAAAAAAAUUAAAGAUUUGAAAGCAUCUGGCAAGUCCACCAAGACAGCAGAAGCCAAGGCAAAAGAUGGUAUAAAUCGCAAAGGAAAAAAUCUAAAGAAACCAAGCAUGUUUGAGGAAACUGAAACCAAGACAGAACUUUUAUCUAGACCGAAGGACUAUGUUGUGAAAUUCUCUUUCCCUGCACCUGCACCUUUAAACCCGCCUAUAUUGGGAGUAUACUCUGUAACCUUUGGUUACCCUGGACAGAAUGUCUUAUUUAAAGAUUUAGACUUUGGUAUUGAUAUGUCAUCAAGAGUUGCCAUUGUUGGUCCCAACGGUGUUGGUAAAAGUACAUUCCUUAAGCUACUCACUGGGGAUAUAAUACCUACCAUUGGAGAAAGGAGAAAAAAUCAUCGCUUGCGUAUAGGAAAAUAUGAUCAGCAUUCAGCUGACCAGCUCACAUUGGAAAAAUCAGCAGCUCAGUAUUUGAUUGAUACAUUCAAUCUUCAAUAUCAAGAUGCACGGAAGAAACUUGGUCAAUUUGGACUUGCAGGUCAUGCCCACACUAUCCCCAUACGAGAUCUGUCUGGAGGUCAGAAAUCAAGAGUCGCCUUGGCUGACCUCUCAUGUAGAGCUCCUGAUGUUCUCAUCUUGGAUGAGCCUACCAAUAAUCUAGAUAUAGAAUCCAUUGAUGCUUUAGCUGAUGCUAUUAGAGAAUUUACUGGUGGUGUAAUCAUUGUCAGCCAUGACGAGAGGCUGAUCAGAGAAACAGACUGUCAGCUGUGGGUGGUAGAGAAUAAAACAAUCAAUGAGAUUGAUGGAGACUUUGAUGACUACAGGCGAGAGUUGCUGGAAGCACUUGGAGAGAACAUUGCCCACGCUGCUGCAGCCUCUGCCCAGGCUACAACGUGACCUUCAACCUUUCUUCCAUAGUUUGUGUAAUGGGUGUUUGUGUCUUCUUGUGUUUACAUAUAAGUUAAGUGUCUUGUCCAUCAUUGUGUUGAACCAUAUAGUACUUUCAUCACCUGAUACUGUAAUAGUCCACAAUUUUCUUUUCCUUUAAACUUUCUAAUGCUGGGUGUUCAAAUGAAGUCAAGACAAUUUUAUUCCUCUCAUUGGAGGUUUCAACUUUUAUAUUAACCAACAGGAAAAGGGCUUUUUUUUUCUCAACUAUUUAUUCUGUGUAAGUGUUGCUACUGAUUAAACAAGUGUGUGUCUCCAUGCAAUGAUAGUUUUUGUUUUUGUUCUGUUGUAUGACAUGCUGAGUGUCUGUAGUGUUGUGAUGCCCAAGCAUGUCCCGCCCAUGACACAGUGCAGAUAGGUCCCUCAAAACUUCUUCCCAAAUAUGAUUUCUCUGAGGCUAUGCCUUGUGUCAGAUAUGUCCUCCAGGGUGAUAAGGGAUGGGCACUGAUGCAUAUCAUUGAAAGGAACGUUGUAUCAAUUUUUUUUUAAAUUUCAUGUUGGUGUAGUCAAUAAACAUCUUGUUGAGUGGUGAUAUAUGUAUCUUGUAUCUAAAAGAAGAAUAUAAUUAAAAACAUUGGGAAAAAAGUAGAUUAUUUGUGAAAUGAAAAUUUAGUUGUGUACUUUUUGUGAACAUUAAAACAAACAUUUUUAGUGUUAAUUAUACUUUUUAAAUUUUAUAAAAUAUAAUAUAUAUAUAUAUAUAUAUGUGUAGUGAAAGUUUACUAUAUGUAAUGCUACUUACAUUGGAACCUCAUCUUUGGUCAGUUUUAUUAUUGUCGUUUACUUUUGAAAAUUAAGACCUGUACAUAUUUGUCCUCAAAAUAAAAACUUUUCUUUCUAUCCAAUUUUUUUUUUAAUCCCUUUUUUUUUUAAACUUAACAUUGCCCUUAAAAAAGAAAAAAGCUUAAUCAUAAAAAUCUUAUAAAAUAUUUGAAAAAUCAAAAUUAUUUUAAUAGAAUUGUUUGAAAUGUAUUCAUGAAAGCCAUUAUGUAGUUUAUCUUGAUGGUCUAAAAAGUUGAAACAAAGAAGCAAUAAAAGAAACCAUAAUUAUUUAUUUAUUGGUAACAAAAAAAUAAAUUACCAAAAAAAAAAAAUCAGAUCUCUUUAAAUUAAAAUGCAAACUUUUGAAAUUGAUAAAGUGUAAGCCUAAGGGCCCUGAUCCAUUCAGUAUGUCAUGAGGUCAUGAGAAUACUGAGAGAGAGAUGACAGUAUUUCAUAUUCAAAGAUAUUAACUUAGGUCUGCAAGUAAGAUUGUUGUUUACAUUUAACUUGUAUGUUUGAUUUGGAAUGUUUAUAAGAAAAAAAAAAAACAACAAAAAAAUAUGUCCUUAGAAUAGAUGUACAUCUUCAACAAAAUAGUUAACUUUGUAUACCAUGUCAGUGUUGAUGUAGAACUCUGAACUCCAAUGUGGGAACAUUGUAUUAGUGAAGAAACACUCUCAACCCAAUACCUUGUACUUCCAAGUGGUUAGAGAAUGUACACAAACUUUGUACAUUCUUUCAGUGAUUUUUUUUGUUUAUAUUUGUCUUGAAACUAUAAAUAGUUGUUUAUUUAAAUUAAUGCCAAGUAUUAAUAUCAAAAUCUUAUGUAUAUUUGGAAACUAUGAAAAUUUAAAUUCUAUCAAUCUUCAAAGAUUUUUUAAAAAAUUAUUACAUAUGUGUGAGAAUGGCUUCUUGGAAUGAAAUCCAGGAAACUAAAAUACCAAGUUUAUUAUGUUUUCUUGUAGCACAGAAGUUUCAAUUGAUUUUUAAAAUGAUAAAAAGAAAUAUUUCAAAAACCAGAUUACCUUGUAAAAGGCUAUGCAAUUCUACGCACAGAAAUGUCUUGGUGGUAUGUUGAAAAGCCCUCAAAGGAUAAGGAAAACUUUCAUGUAUCCAUAGUGACUGAUUGCUAGCAAUGUUCAAGUAAGAAAUAACUAUGUUCACAAAUCUAAAAGGUAGACUAAGUAUUAUUGAGGUCAGUCACAUUGUUCAAUAAUGCUGCUUUGAGCUGAUCACUUUCUGACAGCCAUUUCAAAAGCUUAGAGAAAGUUUCCUUAGUGUCAAUGAAAGGAGUGACAAUGCAAAGAAGUCCCAUCUCAUUCACUUAUUGAUAUAUAUUCAAAAAUAAAAGAAAUCUAGUGGGAAAUGUCACUAAAAGGAGCUCCUUUAUAAAAGUCUAUUUUGAACAACUUUGAUCCAGAGUUUUUCCCAAGCUAAAUGUGCUGCUGAACUUUCUUGGACUACAACUUGCAGACGUUUCUAAAAGUCUUCACUGGCUGUGUGGAGACAUUGCAAAUAAUGAAUAGAUUUCAAAACUCAAUGUUUGUUUUAAAUAUUUGAUGCACUUGUUAAAUUCAAGCUGAUGACUGGAGCUACAUUUAGAAAAAGUUUUUGAAAGUUUAAUUUAAAAUAGACAUUCUUAGAUAUGAACUUUGAUUGGUGGAACGUGUCACAUUGAUACAAACUUGGAUGAAACGUUUGUGUUCAUUUCAGUUCAAGUCAUCGAGUAAUUUAAACAGUUUCAUUUAUUUUAUUUGUGUAGCUAAUUUAAAAAAAAGGAAUCCCCCUUGUAGUUUUUAAAUGACAAGUAGAAAUGUCUGUAAGUUGAGUCUUUAAAGUAAAAGUAUUUCAGCCUGUAUUUUGUUUAUUUAUGUCUGCUUUAAGGAAAAGAAAAAAUUGAAUCAAAACAAUUGACUGUAAUGAAACUGGAAUAAAAACCUGUUGAACUGUACACACA